CGAGUGGGAGCUGGCGUAGAGCGGUCUGCAUAUUUAUUUGCUUCACCAGGAUUUAUGCCCAUGUAUUCAGCAAUUUAUGGAUUAUGCGAAUGACAAUUUGACCAGCCCCUGAACUGGUUUACGAUGAGCCCCGUGUGUGUCCUAAUGUGAUUAAAUUUUUUUUGGUUUGUUUAUGUGUUUGUUUCACAAACCAGUGCUAAGGGUAGUAAUCUGAGUAUAUUUACAUCAAGUGUCUUCGCAGCAUGAACAUGGAUGAAGACAACCGAGUGCCAGAGGAUCUUUCCCUUGAAGAGAGAGAUGAACUGUCCAAUAUUAGAAGGAGGAAAAAGGAGCUACUGGAUGACAUUGAGCGGUUAAAAUUUGAGAUCUCAGAAGUCAUGACCGAGAUUGAACAUUUAACGUGUGUCAGAGAGACUAAAAGCACUCAGAGGAGCAAGCAGAUUGCUGUUGGAAGAAAGAAAUUCAAUAUGGACCCUAAGAAGGGAAUCCAAUUUCUUUUGGAGAAUGAUCUUCUGCAGCACACACCUGAGGACAUCGCUCAGUUCCUCUAUAAAGGAGAAGGCUUGAACAAAACUGUCAUAGGAGAUUAUUUAGGGGAACGAGAUGACUUCAACAUUAGGGUUUUGCAGGCAUUUGUGGAGCUUCAUGAAUUUGCUGACCUCAACUUGGUGCAAGCAUUGAGGCAGUUUUUGUGGAGCUUCAGACUUCCUGGUGAAGCACAAAAGAUUGAUCGAAUGAUGGAGGCCUAUGCUGCUCGAUAUUGCCAGUGUAACCCUGGUGUCUUUCAGUCAACAGACACAUGCUACGUUCUCUCGUUCUCCGUAAUCAUGCUGAACACCAGCCUGCACAACCCUAAUGUCAGAGACAAGCCCUCAGUGGAGAGGUUCAUCUCUAUGAAUCGAGGCAUCAAUGAGGGAGGAGAUCUGCCUGAGGAGCUCCUCAGAAAUUUAUAUGAAAGCAUUAAAAAUGAGCCCUUCAAAAUUCCUGAAGAUGAUGGGAAUGAUCUAACUCACACCUUCUUUAAUCCAGACCGAGAGGGAUGGCUGCUAAAACUAGGUGGAAGAGUGAAAACCUGGAAGAGGAGGUGGUUCAUUUUGACAGACAACUGUCUGUAUUACUUUGAAUAUACUACAGACAAAGAGCCUCGGGGAAUCAUUCCACUGGAGAAUCUUAGUAUAAGAGAGGUGGAAGAGCCAAGAAAACCAAACUGCUUUGAGCUCUACAACCCGAGUCAUAAGGGGCAGGUAAUUAAAGCAUGCAAGACGGAGGCUGAUGGGAAAGUAGUGGAGGGGAAUCACGUGGUGUACAGAAUAUCAGCACCCACGCCGGAGGAGAAAGAAGAGUGGAUCAAAUCCAUCAAGGCCAGUAUUAGCAGGGAUCCCUUCUACGACAUGCUGGCUACUAGGAAACGGCGAGUGGCCACUAAAAAGUGAAGCCUACAUCCGGGUUUUAAUGAUCACUUUUCAACGUUCACCCUGCUGGAGUAAACGGAUACACAGAGACAAGAGCCAACUGAGGAGAAAGAAGGACAAGACUUUUAAAGAGCCCAUAUUAUACAUGAAAUAGGGUCAUAUUUAGGUUGUAAGGGUCUCCAACAACAGUCUAAUAUGCAUGCAAGGUCAUAAAACACUUUGAUGGUCUUAUAACCUGCAUUUAUUUUUACCUAAUUAUCCCAACGACUCCCAUAUGAAUCGUUCAGCGAUUCAUUUGUUCCCAACCCCCUCCUCAGCGCGAAGCUAAUCUGCGCUGAUUGGACCGAUGACAGCCUGCUGCGAUUGGUCGACAGUGACAGCCUUCAGCACGAGACAGAGUGAAAUGCCCAGCUGGUAAUCAACUAUAUAAAAGUAGUCACAGUGCACACGCGCUUCAUAGUGUAAGGCUUUUUUCACACACACACACACACAACCCUCCUCAGAAGAACUGGGGAGAUCGACGCGAGUCUCUCUCUCUCCCUCUCCCUCUCUCUCUCUCACACACACACACACACACACACACAAUGCUCCUCAGAAGAACUAGGGAAAGCGACGCGAGUCUCUCUCUCUCUCUCUCUCUCUCUCUCUCUCUCUCUCUCUCUUUCUCUCUCUCUCUCUCUCUCUCUCACACACACACACAACGCUCCUCAGAAAAACUAGGGAAAGCGACGCGAGUCUCUCUCUCUCUCACACACACACAACGCUCCUCAGAAGAACUAGGGAAAGCGACGCGAGUCUCUCUCUCUCUCUCUCUCUCUCUCUCUCUCUCUCUCUCUCUCUCUCUCUCUCUCUCUCUCUCUCUCUCUCUCUCACACACACACACACAACGCUCCUCAGAAGAACUAGGGAAAGUGACACGAGUGUCCUGUCUCCUAGCUUAUGAUCGAUCGCCAUAGCAACGACAAACGGCAGUGGAACGCGAGCUCACAAAAGCCUUUAACGUUAAAUCCGUAAACAAAGCGGCAUGCGUCGCGUUUUUAACGUGGCUUACAUGUGAUAAGAGAAUAUAAAGAGUAACCGCGUGUACUGUACCAGGUUAACAACUCAUCUUUGGGUAGAGACUGUCAAUAUUAUCCAUCUGAGCACAGCGUGACUUCAUUGGACCGGCGGCGUCUGUGUGUGUGUGUCUAGUGUUUUUUCUGUGUUAGUGGGCGGGGCCGCAGGUUUCAAAUCUCCCUGGUUUG